AUGCCGGACAUCGAGAAGCCCACCUCCGGCGUCGUCGACGAUGCCGAGCACAACAUGGACGACCUGAAGAAGAUGGACGCAACGCAGGAGGACAACGCGGUUGGGUACCGGGAAUAUCUCGAAGCUCUCGAUCUUGAGAUUUCGGACAAGGAGAUGAGAAGGCUCCGGUGGAAGCUGGACCUCACCAUCCUGCCCAUGUUCCUCAUCACGCAAGCGUUGCAAUUCAUGGACAAGACGUCCCUGAACUACGCCAACCUAUUCGGCUACCAGACAACCCUGCACCUCAAGGGCCAGCAGUUCAACUACCUCUCUGCAAUGGUGUACGCCGGGUAUUUUUUCGGCCAGUACCCCUGCGGCUGGCUCAUCGGGCGGUUUCCCGCCCAAAAAGUCCUGGCCAUCAGCAUUUUCCUAUGGGGACUGAUGGUCAUAAUCAUGACGCAGUGCCGCAGCUACUCCACAGCACUUCUUGUUCGAUUCAUCAUGGGAAUCUUCGAGGCCGCCGUGACUCCCGGCUUGACUCUGAUGACUGGCUUCUGGUACACUAGGCGCGAGAUUCCGCUCCGCCAGUGCAUCUGGUACUCUGCCCUUGGCUGGGGCGGCAUUAUCGGCUCUUACAUCUCCAUGGGCGUCUCGAAGCUGCCCGAGGACAUGACGCCCUCGCGCUGGGAACUCAUCUUUUACAUCCUCGGCGGUGCCACCUGCAUCUGGGCCUUUGUCAUUUGGCUCGUGCUGCCCGACUCCCCGUCCACGGCAUCCUGGCUCAGCAAGCGCGAGCGCCUCGUCGCCGUCAAGCGCGUGGCCAGCAACGAGACGGGCAUCAAGAACAAGUCGUUUGACAAGAAGCAGAUCAAGCUGGGGUUCCUGGACCCGAAGACGAUUCUGCUCUUCAUCAGCGUCUUUGCUGCAGCGAUCCCCAAUGGCGUGGUCAACUCGUUCUCGACCAUCAUCAUCCGAGACAUGGGCUUCAGCACGACGAAGACAACGGAACUCAAGUCGGUCGGCGAUGCGGUGCAGAUUGUCGCCCUGUUCAUUGGAGGAACCAUCAUCCUCAAUGUGCCCAAUUCGCGCUUGGCCGUGGCCACGGUAGCCAACCUCCUAUGCACCGUCGCGGCGGCAUGCAUGGCGUACCUCCCGCGGUCGAAUACGUGGGGGCGCCUCGUGAGCUUCUGGCUCGUCAACGCGCAGUCCGUGGGCUUCACCGUCUCGCUGACGACCAUUUCAUCCAACAUGGCCGGCUACACGCACCGUUCGCUGGCCAGCGCGCUCGUCUUCACCGCAUACUGCUGGGGCAACUUUGCAGGCCCUUUUGUCGUGAAGCCAGAGCAGGCACCGCACUUUACGGGCGCGACCAUCGGCCUCCUGGUGGGAUACGCGAUCAAGCUCGGCUGCCACCUCGCCCUGUUAGUCUACUUGUUCACGUCGAACCGCCGGCGCGACCGGGUGUAUGGCCCGGCGGACAAGGAGGCGAGUGGCGAGGCGGGGAUGCGGGAUCUGACGGAGUUUGAGAACAAGGACUUCCGGUAUGUGUACUGA